AUGUGUAAAAGAAGAUCUUCGUCAUCGAAUUUACGAAAUCACAGCGUAUCGUAUCACAUGUUUCCAAGAGAUCCCAUUUUAAAGAAAGAAUGGAUCAAAUUUUGCAACAGAAAUGAUGAUUGGAUCCCUUCACGGAGAAGUGUCAUCUGCUCUGAUCAUUUUACUGCUGCUAGUUUUCAACUAUUUUCCAACAUCAGAAGGAUGCUUGUUGAAGGUGCUAAACCAACUCUACGGUCUCGUUAUUGCCCGGAUGUGAAGCAAAACGUCAAGAAAAACAAAAAAGAUAAUGUGUCAGUUUCAAAAAGUCCCAACUCGACACGAGGACAGAUCAAAGAAUUGGCGUCUUCGGAAAUCAUAAAAUUGAAAAAUGAAUUAAUUAACAGAAGUAAAAAGAUCAAACGACUUCAAGGAAAAAACCGAUACUUGAGGAACAAAAUGGAUACUUUGAAAAAUGAAACUAGCCGUUUAAAUGAAAAAUCAAACAUUAAAAAAGUAAAGGAUGAUAAAGCACAAAAAGACGAAAAUGAAAAGAGCCCGAAAAACAGGCUGUAUAUUAGAAAUUUCCCAUUCGCUGGCGAAGGCGUUGUGCCUGGCAUGUGCCGCGAUAAGACCGAUGGUGCCAACUCAGUCACCGACCCGUUCGAGCUUAUAUUGCCGAGUCUCUGCGGCGACGCGUUAUUGGAAAUAUUGUCAAGAAAGAUGAGCGAGAAGCAAGAUGAAACUUUGCUCUCAACUGAAAUCGGAUUAGCAGAAUGUCGAACAUGUCUUCAAGCUCUCGAUGCUAACUCUGUUUUGGUUGAUUUGUUCCAAUGUUGGGUUCCGCCGUGGGAUGGAAUGGAAUCGACAAUAGCUGAGGAUUUAGCAAAGCUGGCCAAUAUUGAGAUAACACAAACUGACAAAUAUUCUAAAGUCAUAUGCGAACCAUGCUGUUUAAAGUUGCAAAGUGCAUGUGAUUUUGCAUGUAUUGUCCGAAAGAAUGACAGAGUUCUUAGACAAAGGUAUCCAUCUCUGCCGGAGGAAAUCGACUGUGGUAACCGAACAAUAUGGCCUAAGCCAAUUCAAUUACAUAAGAACAUCAAUGGCACUAUUUAUGAAAAUGUCAUGAAUGUGGAAAUUAAGCAAGAGGUCAUGUCGGAAGAUGAAUACACAAAUAACAAUGCGAUGGACGACUCUAGAGAAAAUGAAUUGGCAACAUUAGAAAUUAAAAUAGAACCGGAGGAGUUAAUACAGCCAAUGCAGCUGGCAACAACAGAGGAAUGUGAAGCUGAAUCACAGGUUGAUGGUGGAAACUUGUCUUAUGCUGCAGAUAUGUCCUAUACUGCGUUAAGUGGACAUGCUUUAAAUGACACAAAGGAUGACAUUCCUGGGAUGAUAAAUGGCAUUGAUAGUAAAGAGAAUAUUCCUAAAAUUAAAGAGGAGCCCAUGUGUGAUGAGAAUGAGGAUGAAGUUACACCCACCGAUCUUUCUUUGGAAUGCAUAUUAUGCUGCAAAGAGUUUAACAGUGUUUCUGGCCUGAAGGCUCACGUAAUCGCUCAACAUUCAUACAAAUCGGUAAAGAGAAAGGCUGCUAACAGUUCGCCGGAAAAGAGGCCGAAAAAUCACGAGUUCAUGUGUGUAACAUGUCAACGGAAAUUCACUACAUCCACGGACCUGAUGGUGCACGAAACUUGCCACAACAAGAGCGUGUGCUACGCCUGCUCGGCGAAGUUCGACACCUUCGAGCAACUAACCAGGCACAGCCGCCGCUGUAAAGCAAUUGCCAAUAAAGAGCUUCACAAGCCAAAAACAUUGGAAGACGUGAAGAGGCCUGUAUUUCAAGAACCGCUUCCUGUAAAUAGCACUGACAGAAAGAAAUCAAAGGAAAAAAUAAGAUGUGCACUGUGCAAAGAGGAAUUCAGUGAUAAAUAUUAUCUGACAAUUCAUGAAGCAAUACAUCAUACAAUGAACAGUGACGAAUUUUACGUC